UAAUUCCGUCAUUGUGGGUUGUUUCGCAUUGAAUAUGCCACACAAACACGGUUUUGGUUGGUAUCAAUUUUACCGGUCAACGCAGUUAUAUCCACUGUUACUGACAACGAAGUUUUCAGUGACCAUGGCAGAAUGUUACGGACUAACGUUGAGCAGCUUAUGCAAGUUAAUGCAAUACAGUGGUCAAGAAGGCGUCAUCGAAAUAAACAAGCUAGGUGGCGUUGAAGGAAUCUGUGAACAAUUGGGUACAUCUCCGAGUAAAGGAAUAACAAACUCAAUAGAACAUCAACGAGCCACAUUCGGUAGUAAUUCUACAUCGACGAAAAUUCGAGAAACAUUUUGGACAGUACUGGGUGACGUCUUGCGCGAUAAACUUCUCAUGACGUUGUUGAUUCUGUUUCUGAUUCAGUACUUGCUGCUAUUCGGAAUUCACAAAUUGAUAUUUGUGGCGGUGGUACUUUUCGUGACUGUUACGUUCGAUUAUUUCAUUGUGCACAAGUAUCGACGCUAUUUCGAUGUUGGGAGUGAAUCGAAGCAGACUGUGACUGUAAUUCGAAAUGCGACUGUAACGAGCGCAGUUAUUGAUGACAUUGUUGUGGGAGAUGUGUGCAUUCUAAAUGAGAAUAGUGUCGUACCAGCUGAUGGUAUUUUAAUUGAAAGUGACGGUCUCAAGGUGGACGAAUCGUUUAUAAAUGGCAUGUCGUGUUAUACCAAGAAAGGUAAACUUCUCGACGCAAUGAUACUCUGUGGCAGUAAAGUAAUUGCCGGCAGUGGAAUUAUGGUAGUGACGGCUGUGGGAAUGAACACGCGUCAAGGACAGAUUAGUGAAAUAAUGGAAAAAAGAGCAAAGAUCGGCAAAAGGAAAGAAAUUGAUAGUGGAGACAGUGGGCGAAUUACGUUCGACGAAGAAGCAAGUAUUCUCCGUCAAAAGAUUCGAAAAUUAAUUUGGAUAAUUAUUUGCGUUUGCCUGGUCAUUGGUGGUAUUGUUUUCGUUAUUUUGAAUGUACGGGGUAGCUCAGUACCGUUUAGUAUGACCUUGGAAGAAUGGGAAACCCGUUAUUUGCAAAAGAUUUUUGUCGAAUCCAUUGGUGUCUUUCUAUCCGGAAUACCAGAGAGCAUCCUUUUAGUAGUUCCGAUUACGUUGUUCCUCACGUUUAUAAAGCUUUACCGGGAGAACAUCCAUUUACGUCGUCUAGACAAAUGUGAAACGAUGGGAAGUGUUUCGUCGAUUUGCUUCGAUAAAACUGGAACGUUGACCACGAAUGAAAUGGAAGUUGUACUGUCUCACAUAUGCGAUCAGCAGCAAACGUGGACCACCGAAAGUAGCCAACCAGCUCUUCCGAAUGACAUCCUAAAGUUGAUAGCAGAGAAUAUUUCCAUAAACUCAUCCACGCCAUCAAUCACGCGCAUCAAUACCGAUGACAACGUGGCACAAUUUGGAAAUUACACUGAACGUGCCCUAUUGCAGUUUGUUACCAAAAUUGGUCUGAGCGUCCAAACAAUCCGACUUGCGAACUCUACCCAGAGAGUGAACCAUGUCUAUCCAUUCAAUUCAGAUCGAAAAUUCAUGGGCACUGCAAUAAACAAUGGAAACGGCUAUCGACUCUUCAUCAAAGGAGCGUCUGAAAUUGUGCUUGGCAAAUGUAAUUUUAUGUUCGGUCAAAACGGCGAACUGGCACAAAUGACGGAUACCUUGUGCGACCACCUCCAAAAUGACGUUAUAACGCCAAUAGCUAGCAAAUGUUUAAGAACGAUCACCUUAGCAUACCGUGACUUUAUUACCGAUAAAACUGCUGGUGUCCACGAAACCUAUGUAGACUGCGAACCUAAUUGGGACGACGAAGUGAAUAUUGUUCAAAAUUUAACGUUUCUAGGCGUACUCGGGAUUGAUGAUCCAAUAAGACCCAACGCUGCUGACACAGUCAAGAGUCUUAAAUCAAUGGGAAUCACCGUCCGAAUGAUUAGUGGUGACAACAUCGAAACUGCAAAAGCGGUCGCAUUAAAGUGUGGAAUAAUGGAAACAGAUGGAGAGAAUGUGGCCCUGGAUGCAAUAGAGUUUAAUCGUUGCAUUCGUGACAAGGACGGAGUUAUUCAGCAAGAUUUGUUCAAUACUUUGACACCUAAUUUGCGUGUGAUUGCCAGAGCUUCACCUAUCGAUAAAUACAACCUGAUCGAUGGCUUCAAACGGAAUGGUGAAAUUGUGGCCAUGGUCGGUAACAGUGAUGGAGAUGCAUUAGCAUUGAAAAAGGCAGACAUUGGAAUUGCGCUCAAUCGGUUGGGUGCUGGCGUGGCAAAAGACGCAUCCACUGUCGUGUUAAAGGACGAUAAAUUAGAUGGAAUUGUGCGUACCGUGCUGUGGGGUCGUAAUUGCUAUGACUCAAUUGCUAAAUUUGUGCAAUUUGCUUUGAGUGCCAAAGUGGUAAUUGUUGCGGGCACAAUUCUUAGUUCAUUUUUGGUUCCCUGCAUAGCCGAAACGUUUUAUUGGAUUGAUUGGUUUCUGGCUAUUGUGGCACUGAUAUCGACAUUUUUUACACACAAAAUAACGGACGAUUUGUCACAGAAACGAUCUUACGGACGAAGUGAAUCGAUAAUUUCGAAGAUAAUGUUGAAAAACGUUUGCGUUCAGUCAAUUUACCAAAUUCUUGUGUUUCUUACAAUUCCCUUUGUUUAUAACCUGGUUUUUCGUGAAUACUUGUUCGUUCCGGACGCUUUCAUUUCGAUGACGUUCUUUAACGUAUUCAAUUCAAGAAAACUUUUUGGGGAACGUAACGUCUUCGAUGGAAUGCGUUCAACUAUUCCCUUGUUUGUCGUUUUGGUUGUUGCUUUAGUUUUACUACUUGGCUUCCUUCACAUUUUUCCCUGUGGUAGUUACUGCUGCCCUCGUUUUCAUUCACUUGAGUGGAUUUUGACAAUGUUGAUUGGCUGUGGUAUUUUAAUCUGGCAUCAAUUACUAUUGUGUUGUUGUAGAGAAAAACCACGUCAGUGUAAAGUUAACAAGGCAGGAGCGCUGGUUUGACUAGGGACCUGAAUAAUCUAGUAGCCCUAUGCUAGUUUUGCGAAUAAAAUUUUUCAAUUUAUGUCAGUGUUCAUUUGAGUGAGUUCAUUUUCAUCCAGUGUAUUAGGUCCCUUAUUUGACGUUUCGAAAAUGAACCGCUCCUGCCUGGUUUAUUUUACUCUGCCGUGGAAAAACGCGACGCACAGAAUAUUUCGGCGGUAUGAGAAAUGUGUGCUGUUGUCGGCGUUAACGAACUGUCGUAAUAGCUUUUUAUGGAAAGUUGAAAUAAUUUCUCAAUAAAUACGAGCAGAGAAAAGUACGAAGUCACAAAAAUGUCUACAAUCCAAUUCCAUCGAUUCAUUCCAGCCAACAAUGCUAAGACAUUUACCAAAAUGUAUAGAAUGAAUGAGAAGUAAGUAACAUCAAUUGGACUGUAAUCGUUGCGCAUGUGGCUUCUUCUCCAGCUGCAAUCCACUUUAGCAAUUCAUGUAAAUCAAUAUUUUCAAUGCAUUAAAUUUC